AUCUUGCUGGUGUCACUCGACAAGGAGGAAUUCCUUGACAGCAUGUACAAGACCCUCUUCAAGAAGCUCCGAACCAAAGCGAAUGUCUCCAGUGUCGAGACAAGCUCCGCCACGGAGUCGGCUCUUGCUGCACGGAAAUACGCAGCAGUUCUUCUAACAGACGGAGGACUGGCGCAGCCCAAACACAGGCGCACUGCGCAAAGCCUUGCAGAGUACGCCCGCACUGGCGGCACGGUGAUCGCUGGACUGCACUGGGCAACUUUCACGAACCUUUCUUAUAACAACGAGUUCUGGAGGGACGCAUGGGGGUUGCCGUGGAAAGCCGGCUCGUACCACCGAACCACGUUUGCGCUCAAUUUCUCUUCGACAGCAGCACAGGUGCGAGACUGCUACACGGUUUCGAGAGGGUUCAGCAUGAAGGCGCUACACCUUAAGGGGAUCAGGCCGGAGGAAGGGAUGUACUAUCCAAGUGACGAUGCCCGGCUUCAGUCGCUAGUCUUCCCUGCGGAGCCCAUUCAAGAUCACGAUGAGUCGCCUGUGGUA